UGAAGGAUGUCGGGAGUCAAAUAUUCAAAUGUUUUGUGUUUAUACAUGUAAAUGUAAACACAAGGAAGAAAACCAUAAACUUCAAAAUGGUUUAAUUAAUCUUUUUUUUUUAAGAAAUAGCGUGACAGAAAAUUAAUGCGCGCUGGCAAUAAAAAUGCAAUCUUGACCCUCAUCUUUAAAUCGCUGCCAUCAAGAAGCAUGGUUUCUCCUCUGGCAAUACAAGUUUUGCAAAAUGAGCUACCGUUGGAGCAGGAAAAUCUACUUCUCUCCGGCGAGGUCAUGACCGGUUUGGUGCUUGUCGACAUCGUUAAUGGCUUUUGCACCGUUGGUUCUGGUAAUCUCGCACCACAAGCUCCUGAUGCUCAGAUUGCUGGAAUGGUUGAUGAAUCGGUGAGGCUUGCUCGAGGGUUCUGUGAGAAGAGGUGGCCUAUCUACGCGUUUCUCAAUACUCAUCAUCCGGAUGUUCCUGAGCCACCUUAUCCUCCUCACUGCAUUGCUGGAACGGAUGAGUCGAAACUGGUUCCUUCAUUACAGUGGCUGGAAAAUGAACCGAAUGUGACAUUGCGAUGCAAGGACUGUAUUGAUGGAUUUAUUGGUUCAUUGGAAAAGGAUGGAACGAAUGCUUUUGUGGAUUGGGUGAAAACAAAUGGGAUCAAAGCUAUACUGGUUGUAGGUAUAUGCACAGACAUUUGUGUCCUUGAUUUUGUGUGCUCGGCCCUGUCUGCUAGAAACCGUGAACUGAUUUCUCCGUUAGAGGAUGUAGUUGUGUAUUCUCGUGGUUGUGCUACUUUCGAUCUUCCAGUAGAUGUUGCCAGCAAUAUGAAAGGUGCUCUGGUUCAUCCACAGGACCUUAUGCAUCAUGUUGGGCUUUACAUGGCCAAAGGCAGAGGAGCAAAGGUGGUUUUGGAAGUUGUUUUUGGCAUAUAGCCACACAGCCUGCUCUGUUGAUGCCACCAUGUCUAUACUCUAUAGAUAAACGUGUAACUAAAUUAAGUUUGAUAGUAUUUUGCAGCUUAUCUAGUGAUUUAUCGUUAAACUAUCAAACUCUAUCUUGUUUCUUUACAUGGUAUUAAAGCAAUAAAGAUGUUAUUAUCCUUUUGUAA